AUGCCGAAAAUUACAUCAUUUGCUCAUGGACCAAAAAUUUCUAUUUGUGAGAAGUUGGAAAACAAAAUAUUCAAUGGCUAUUGCUAUGUUUAUUCGAAAGGAGUUGGAUCAACAAAAUACUUUGUCUGCAGAGAAAAAACAAAUUCACAUUGUCCGGGUAGAGGGAAGAUUGUAAAUGGUCAGUUUUUUAUGUUAACUGACCAUAAUCAUAUCCAGGUUAAAUCAGUUGAUGCUACAUAUGCAUUUAAGAAGGCAUUAUAUACUGCAAUCAUAAACAACAGGUUGAAAUCUGUCAAGUCUGUUUACAAUGAAAUUAGUUUGCUACAUCCUGAAGCAGCUACUAUAAAAACAUGGAAAAUUAUGGAACCCAGAAUGCGUCGUUGGCGAACUCAAAUUCAACCUCCAAUACCACAGAAUCUCCAACAAUAUCAAAAGAUUUUAGAUGAUCCUCGCUGGAUAUUUCUUAGAAAAAACUAUGAUAAAACAAGUCUGAUGCACGUGUCAACUUCAGAAUCUGAAGACAAAUCUUAUGUGACGAUUUUUGGUAACAGGACGUUAUUACAAAUAAUUAAAACACCGCAGCUUUUUAUGGAUGCUACAUUUAAAAUUGUGCCAAAAAAACCACAAGCCCUUCAGUUCUUUACGAUUUUAGCAUUAGUGAAUAAUACUGUCAGUGCAAUCCCUAUUUUUUGGAGUCUAAUGGAAAAGAAAAGUAGUUCAGCAUAUCGUCAAGUUUUGAAAUGUUUUACUCUUCUUGUUCCUGAUUUGGUACCAAAUAUUAUUAUAUCGGAUUUUGAAGCAGCUCUUUCAAUAGUGAUUGAAGAAAUAUAUCCUGGAACGUUGCAUAAACGUUGUUUUUUUCACUAUUGCCAGGCUCUAAUGAAAAAGUGGAAAAAACUUCAGUUAUUACCUCUCAUCCAGCGAUGGAAAAUAGGACGGAUAUUAUCAAAAAAAUUCUUUGCGUUGGCAUUAUUACCAGCUGAUAAGAUUGAAGAAACUUUUCAGUGGUUAAUUAAUAACAUACCAGAAUCUAUAAAAAAACUUUUUGAAAAAUUUAUCAAAUAUUAUGAACGACAGUGGAUCAAUAGAAUACAGCCUGAUCGA